AUGGAUUUUCUAAACGAAUUCGAUCCGUCUUCUGACGAUGAAUCUACACCAAAAACUCGUAAAAAUUAUCCAAUGUUCUCUCCUAAUCUAAAUGACAAAUUCUGGUAUCGCGAUGUUUCGAAAGAGAAUCAAACUGCAACGGCUAUAACAGAAAUCGACUUGUUUCGGGUAGCAGAUUUUUAUAGCAACGGCGAUUACGAAGCAGCAAAACAGAUCCUCACUGAUCUCCGUGAAAACACUAAAAACAACCGGACCCAUGAAAUCAUGCUGAUCGAUUCCCUUCUUCAAUGUACUAAGGAAGGAGGACUAUGUCAAUCUGAAACUGACUACUGUCUGCGUCUCCUCUCUGAAUACGAAUCUCUCCUUGUUGAUUCCGGUGAUCAAGUUCAAUUUCUUCGAACCAAAGCUUCAAUCCUUGCUAAAUUCGACAAAAAUAUCGAAUUUCGAAACACCAUGGCUCUUUUAUGCCAUCUGUGCGGGUCGUUCGAUAAUUGGCAACUUUUCGAAUCUGGCGCCAAGUUUUUCAACGACGUCGAAUUGUAUGGGUUGAAGAUGAAAAUGAAGAAGGUGCUGCACUACGAAAUCGAUCAUUCCAGAGGUUUUGUGAAGGAGAAAUUGGAGAAAAAGCUGAAGAAAAUUGAAGAAGAAGAGCAAUAUCUAGCAGGGAAAUUGCAGCAAGAUGAUAUCGAUUCAAUUCUCUCUUCUCUCAACUCCAACAAAGACGUCAUUUCUCCAGAAUCCGCCACGUCAUUUGUAUUCCGUGCUCACGACAGUCGCUCCAAGAACAAGUUGAUUCCUGUUGCUGAUCACCCAUCUGUUAUUUCUGAUUUCUUUCAUCGCUUUCCAUUUUUGUCAUGA